AUGGGAAAUACUUCAAGUUCGACCAAGAUCUCUGCCCAAGACAAGGCGAUUCUGGACAUGAAGAACCAGCGGGACAAAUUACACCAGUACCAGCGGCGUAUAGUAGUCCUCACGGAUCGAGAAAAGGAGAUAGCGAAGCAGAUGCUGGCCAAGGGGGAUAAACCCAAAGCCUUGUUAGCGUUACGGCGGAAGAAAUACCAGGAGUCCUUACUGGAGAAGACGGAUGCGCAACUAGAGCAGCUUGAGAAGCUGACCAGCAGCGUAGAGUUUGCGUUGGUGCAGAAGGAUGUGGUGUUUGGAUUGAAGCAAGGGACAAGCGUUUUGCAGGAGAUACAUAAGGAGAUGGGAGGGAUAGAGCAUGUGGAGAAACUUAUGGGGGAGACGGCAGAUGCAAUCGCAUAUCAACAGGAGGUGAGUGACAUGCUAGGUGGGCGGAUAUCAAACCAGGACGAGGAUGAAGUGGAAGAUGAAUUGGCAGCGCUGGAAGCGGAGGUCACCGGAGUUCCUUUACCAGAGGUGCCUACUACGGAUUUGCCUCAGAAGGAGAGGGCGAAGAUCAGGCAACAGGAAAGGGAGGAACAGCAACGAGUGGCUAUGUUGGCGUAA